AUGAUUGCAUAUUUGUGCGUUUUUUUGCCAUUUUCAAUAGCCUUUUUUCUAGCCUAUUUUUUUGUAAAUGGUACGUAAUGAAUUCCUCCUCCAUAAUCAAUGUCACUAUAUACAAUUAUUUUCUUUUCUAAUAUUUAUAUUUUAGUCGUUUAGUAGUCUCUGAAGUUUUGUAGAAAACCUUUUGAGGGGUGCCUUUUUAUGAAAAUAAGUUUGUAUUUGAUAUAUUAGAAUUAUUUAUUUGUCACGUGACUGGUAUUGUAUUUGUCACGUGACUGGUAUUGAACUUUACUUUACACUGUUUUGUAUUAGCAUAUUUUUUUAAAAUUUUCAGUAGAAACAUGUCUGUCAUUCGGUUUAUCCACGGACUUGGAAAACUUACUUUACAAAAACACAUUAACCAGUUAUCAACCGUUGGUUCCACCGUUAUUAAAUCAUCCAACAUAGUGCAGAGAGAUUACUCGCGACAAUUUAGUUCCAUGGAAUAUGUUGGGUUGCUUUGUAGACGUGGUAAUGUGAUGUUUCAACAAAAUGGUUGCGGGUGCUUGAUUCUCUUAAAAAGAAUGAAAACCAAGAAAGCCAAGAAGGCACAAAAAGCGACAUCUUCAUCUUCAUUGAAAUUAGACACUUCAUUAGCUGAAGGUGUGAUUGACUUACAUGAAAUGAAACGAGAAAUGAAAGCAUGUGUUGAAAAACUUCAAAAGGAUUUCAAACAGAAAUACGCUGCGAAACUAACGUCAGGGUUGCUAGAUACUUUACGUGUACAAAUUGACGGAGAAAACACUCCCUUAUAUGAAGUUGCUCAAGUUACGUCUGAUGGCAAAGAAUUCACAAUAACACCCAUGAUGGAGGGUGUAAACAACAUGCAAAAACAAUUGAUGACAUCAAUUCAUGCUACUGGUCUAGACCUAAAUCCUAAACUCGAUGGUUCAACCAUAAAGAUACCUAUAUCCCUGGCGUCGUCAGAGUAUAAAGAGAACUUAUUAAAACUUUCUAAGGCUGCAGCUGAGAAGUCUAAAGUAGCUUUGCGAAAAGUUCGACAACAAGGAAUGACCGACUUGAGAAAAACAAAAGAUAGUGUUUCUAAAGAUAACUUGAGAUUGAUCGAGAAGCAGAUUCAACAACUUACAGACGCGCAUGCGCAAGAAGUUGAUCAUAUAUUGGCUGUAAAGGAGUCUGAACUUAAGAGUUGAAGAAAGCUUUUGUCAUGGUAAGCUAUAAGGUAAAAACAAGACAUGCGUGAAAUAUUCCAGGCUGUAAAUCCGAUUAUUCCGAUUACUAUAUGGGGAUUUGGUGGGACGCGUUGCCUGAGCGAUUCGUAGUUUUGGUUCUGUUCUAUGUUGGAUGGAAUCCAAUCAUGCUGACGGUUUUUAACACAAGUUUCUGUAUUUUUUUAUGAAUAGGUUUUCAAUUUUUUAAGGAAUAAUUUGAAAUAGUUGUUGUUGUCAAAUUGAA